UGUGUAAAUACUCUGAGGUUUCUGUUAUACACUUUUCAGCGACCUGACGAUCACAGGCGAAAAUGGAACAGGGAAGAGUACGAAAGGAUAGCUCUUCAGCGUCUCCAGGAUGAGAUCGCUGAAGAGGAGUUGGGAAUUCCAAAACAACCAGCUGUGAAAAGAGAAUUGUUGAAACAGAGAGAUUACAAAGUUGAUCUUGAGUCUAAAUUAGGAAAAAGUGUUGUUAUUAACAAGAAUACACCAUCUUCUCAAACUGGAGGGUAUUAUUGCAAUGUAUGCGAUUGUGUUGUGAAGGACUCAAUUAAUUUCUUGGACCACAUCAAUGGAACAAAACAUCAACGUAAUUUGGGCAUGUCAAUGAAAAUAGAACGUUCUACAUUAGAUCAAGUUAAAGCCCGUUUUGCAAUGAAUAAAAAGAAGUUAGAAGAAAAGAAGAAGGAUUAU